UCGAACGGGCGCGAACAAAUUUCGAAAACCUGGUGAAUCGUGAACAGUUGGAAGUGUAGAAUUUCUCUCUUUGUUGGAUACCUAGAGGAGAACUAUCGAAUACGUCACCAAUCGAAGCCGAUGAAAUACUCUAAUUUGGAAAUUAACUUCAACAUAAAUACGUAUAAAAAGGAUUUACGGCGAAUGAAAUAAUGAGAAGAAACAGCCAUAGAGACAGUUGGGUGUAUCCAACGAAUCUACUGUUAAUAAUAUUGAUAUGGAUUACAUCGAUGGCUCAAGGAUUGCCGCAAGUUUAUCGAACCAAUGAAAUAUGUGGAGUUUAUAAUGGACAUCGUGUUUACUUGGAGCUAGGAGACCGUGGACAAUUACAGGCCACUAAUGUGACUUACGAAAGAUCUUCGAAUCAAACAUCCCCAGCCAUUUGCACCUUGGAACUCGUUACAUGUCCUUCAUGCAACUUUAAAAUCUCAUUAAGCUAUAGCAACUUUCCGACAAAGUGCGCCAUCCACAAUGAGUUGCCUUGUCGAUGCGAUUAUCUGGAGUUUUCCGAACCACCUUUCGACGUUGAACAGACGGGCCGCCGCAAUUGCGGCCAUGAUGUAGUUUACCAGACGCAAACCCGCUCGGUGCUGAUUCGCUUCAUUUACUGGAGUAACCACUCACACGCCUUCACCCUGGAUUACGUAGCGGAAAGAAAUCGUGAGACACUGCAGGUGAAUCCGGGUGCGAUGCAUAACUUGACGGGAGGGGCUCAUUCCAGGACUAUUUCAACGCCAUACUUUCCUUCGUAUUAUCCGCGAGAUUUUGGCAAGGAAUACGUGUUGAACUGCAAUGUUGAAGCCUGUCGAGUGAAUGUGAUCUUCAGUGAUUUCCUCCUGGCCAAGACAUCGACUAUGGAGUUUUACGACUGGAACGGACAGCGGCUUCAUGCCGUUUCGGGCGUGAGUUUUCGACCUCGGGUGGUUCAGAGUACGGGACCUUCAAUGAUCAUCAGGUUCUAUGCAAACGGCGGUUCUGGGUUGGGGUAUAGGGCAAGGGUUUCCUUUUUGACGGUUGAGAGUGCGGAAAACCCGCUUAUGCUUCCUGAAACGAGCUGCGGUGGUGUGGUAGAAAAUGUGGGAGGUGCCAUCACAAUGAUGGAGAUGGUACAUGGCGUAGAUGAGGGACGAAUUUUCGACUGCAUUUGGCUGAUUAAGCCACCGAAUACGUACGCUCAUUUGAAGACUCACCUGUCGUUGCGGGUUGAUACUUUUGGAAAGAUGGCACCAAAUUCCCUUUUGACGGUAAUCCAAGGGACGACAUCCGACGGUGGAAUAAUGGACGUAAUAAGGCCAACUGUUGGAGGUCAAGGAAAGAGCUACGUUACGCCAUUGACUUCGGGGUUUUACGUGCACCUAAGGGCUACAUUCGUGAUGCAGUCCAGAUUGGCUUUGGUGUACACGGCGUUCAGUUAUUUAGAUUGUUAUAUGGGAUCUGAAUUUCUAUGCGACAAUAGGAAGUGCAUUCCAAUUCAGCUACAUUGCGAUGGAUUUGAUCACUGUGGAGAUGGGAGCGAUGAACCGACGAGUUGCGAAGCUCAGUGGGAAACAGAACGCAUUGAUCGUCGAUGGUAUUCUCACACGCCUAAUUACUACUUUCCGAAAAUGGAUCGCUAUCCAGAUCUACGCACCGCUACUGUAAUAUUCAUCGCCAGUGCGUUCGGGUUGAUUAUGUUGAUUUCGGUGUUCAUCAUAUUACUAUACCGUACAGGAAAUCGUGCCAGGCAGCAGCGCGAAUUGCAAAAUCAGCUACAGACAAUCAGCGAGCUUUUAGAUAGCAAUAGUCCUCGCGGACCUGAUGACGUCGAUGAGCCACCAAUAUAUGAAGCUCCGCCAGAUUAUGAUGAAAUAAUCAAGGUUGGAAUGGACGACGACAUUAAGAGGAAGCGCAGGCGUCACUCGUCGUCGGCUUCCGGACGCCGAAGUCGUAUGAGACGAUCCCGUAGACCAAGUAACGUCUCUGAAAGCAAUAAUCCAAUUUUGGAAGUUUGUCUACCACCGGAAUUGGGUAGUGAGGGUCCUUCAUCAAAUGCAAUGCAUUUGCAAGUUCCGUAUGGAAUCGAUGGUGGUCUUUCCGAUUACGAAGACGAUGACACACAUGAACAACACUGGGAUCAAAAUGAACCGAAUUUCUUUAUGUCAUCACAUGUUGCAGAAGCUUCAACGUCGGCUUCGACAAGCCAGAGUCAAAGCGUUGGUUGCCAAACAGCGUCAGAAUCAGUUCCGUCCGAGAACUCUUCGAGCCCACCGCCAACGUAUGAUUCACAGUUCUUCCUCCACAAUGGCAUCGAGACGACACCUCACUCAGCGUCGGAUUCAGACACCUUCUCGAGAGGCUUCGCAGAGGAACCUCCUAAUGUUACGCUAUCUCUGAAUGAAACUCCCACGCAAUCUACCGAUCGACUACCUCCUCCUACAAUCCCAGCACCAAUUGGAAUAACCUGCAGUUCUUCAACAUUUUCGGGAGCCAGACCCCAACAUAUUUGGAGUCAAAAUGCUCGUAUUCAGCGUCCUUGGCUAGUAUUCAGCGGAGAUGAUGGCAACACAUGUAGCGUUGUACCAACCUUAAGUACUCUCCCAAAUGAUUUCAGCAGCCAGCAGAUCUUCAACUCCACUGAUGUCAAAGAAAUUGAUGCAUAUUUAUUAGCAUACGGAGAGCUGGGAUCUCCUGGAGCAGCAGGCACUAAUAAUGACACCUGCUCAAAUGGUACUGACCGCUCUCACCUCCCAGCAGGCUCAUUCGUGAGAAAUUCCUACACAGCCUCGUCAGUUGGCUCGAACGCUCGUAGCGUUGCAUCCACCAACGUUGAUUACGUUAUCCAGAACUGUUUCUACUGCAUGGAGCGUAAGCAUUGCCCCAACACAUUGUGCCCUAACUGUAACUGUUCAAGGGGCCCAACUAUUCCAGCGAAUCUCUGCUCCUCAUGCGGAGGAAAAAUUUCCCUCAAGGAAAACCUGAACUCCACCGGCGGGCCAACGCAUCAAAUACCGACGACAAUCGUGCCGGGUACGGCUGUCCGUUUGUGUAACUGUUUUCCAAAAUUCCCUUCCCAAUCCGGAAUAGUGAUCCGGUCCGGAUCCGCUAAUGUGAUAAAUCCUCAUUCAACCUCGACCGUGAACAUGUCGACGGCAAUGGCGAUCCGACCGAUGUCGGUUGAUCAGAUCGAAACAAACUGCGCCCGACGCAGUGUUGCCAGUCUAACGAGCAACUUUGAGGCGUUUCUCAACUCGCAUCUGGGGAUCCCUAGUUCAGCGAUGAGAUCGUAGGUUAGAAAUUGAUUUUAUUUUAGCUGCAAGGGGGCGUUCAUUAAGUACGACACACUUUAAAGGAGGAGACUAAGGAGUGGCAUUCUAAAUUUAAAAAAACAGUUUUCAUAUACGAAUAGCUGAAAGAAAGAGAGAUAAACAUUUUUCCCUAACGUACUCUUUGGAUUUUCUCAAGAUUAUGGUGUUUCGGAUCUGUUGGAUGAAAUAAAUACAAUUAUAUUUUCCCUCAAGUAUGGCCGAUUUGUA